AUGCUUGUGGCCACGGUGGACUCUCAGGUUCGAAGGACCUCCGAGGGCCUUGUCACUGGCGGAAAGGCCGUUUGGCCUGCUUCCAGCCACUUUGCGUUCGAGGUGUUCUCAUGGAAGUCAGCGCUUGAAGUUCAGGUGCUGGCCUUCAGCCCGCCAGCCGGUCCUGGUGCUGCGUCAGAGGUGGGCAGCAGCUGCCUGGAGGUCCUUGCGCUGAUGCCCAACCGUUGGCACCGGCUGAAGGAAACGCUUUGGGGAGGCACAUCCCGUCAACAGCUUGAGCUCAGCAUAUAUGUCUCCAUGGAGCAGCCUUCUGGCCCACGACGAACUGAAACCCUCCGCGAAAUCCAGGCCGUCGAAGCUGACACCGUGCCACAGCCGACCCAAAGGGAGCUGCAGCAGAUGAAGCUGAAGGAGCUCCUGAACGAUCCGGAGGAGAAGCUUCCAGCAACCAGCAAGCCUUCUCGGGAAGGAAAAAGCCAAAGGGAGUUGCAGCGCGAAGAGCUGCAGAAACUGCUUGAAGGUGGCCCCGCGACGGAGGAGGACAAGAAAAAGGAACGCAUAAAGCUGCUGGAGUCUAAGAUUGCCGAGAUGCAGGCCGAGCUCGAAGCCGAACGUUCCACAUCCGAAAAAGCCAAAUCAGAUGCGCGACAGAAGCGCGACCAGAAGCGCCUCGGGCGUCAGGCCAACCCCAACAUGGGGAAGGGCUUGGAGGGCUUGGAGAAGCUACGAGCAGCUGCCAGGAGGCGCGUUUUCUCGCUCGCAAGUAUGCUGGACAACAGUCGGAAUGCCAUUGUGACGAUUGCCGGAAGUGGUGAGUCUGGGUUCGCCGGUGAUGGAGGCCCUGCGCGUCUUGCGCAGCUGCGGAAGCCGGAAGGACUGGCACUAAAGCCUGGCUUGAGCAUCGGGCCGGACAAUGUGGGUCGCGAGCUCUACUUCGCCGACUUUGUGAACCAGCGCAUUCGCAAGCUUGUGCGCACCGCCAAUGAUUGGAUCAUCUACACCGUGGCUGGCAAUGGAGUCAUGGCUGACGAUCCACUUUGCGACAGUGGAUGCCCGCCUUUGGAGGCGAGCUUGUGGAAUCCUCGCUCUUUGGCCUUCGCAUCAAACCAGGACUUGUACUUUGUGGACUCCGGCAGCCACAAGAUUCGCAGAGUGACGACAAGUGCCGGUGAUCCGCAGAACAACCUGAACGCAACAAUCACGAGAUUCCUAGGCCAUUCAGAGUGGACGACGAGCCAGGAAAUGUGGCAGUCCUUUCGUGGCAUUGCGAAAGUGAUGCUGCCUGGUCAUUUCGAAAGUCCAAAUGAGUAUCUGCACUUGCGCGCGAUGUAUGCUAUCACCAUCGACAAGCACGACCGCCUUUGGACAAUAGACAGUGAGAACAACAGAAUCUUCAUGGCACCACUCGUGAAUUUGACCAGGACUAGGUUAGCUGGUGACUUUGGGAACUUCCUGGCCAGGUUAACUGCGUCCAUGUUCACGGACAAUAGCACCCAGGUCAACACCACGGCCGAGGAUCGACAGGCCCAGGAGCUGACUUGGGCCAACAACUUGAAAGCAUGGCUCCCAUUGGAAUUUCCAAACCUUGCGACAGCUUCGUCUAUGCAGGUGGAGACAAGCGACUCUCUUUACAAGCCAGGACGCAGCUACUGGAUGUAUGGAGCACCAGUAGCAAAAGAGACCUGGUGUCCCAGACGCCAAGUGGAGAGACCUCUUGAGAGCUGUGAGCCUACCGCGCAAAUGGCAAGAUUCAACGGUCUGAUGGGAAUGUGCCUGGACAAAGCUUCCAAUAUGUACCUUGUGGACACAGAGGACAGUCAAAUCGUGUUCCUGGACACUGACAAUUUCAAGGAUGCAGACACUCAGGCUUCAUCCAGUGCGGCGGCCACUUCAAACGGCUGCCACUGCAUGCAGUACUGGGUAGCCCUUGAGGAGGAGAACAAUGCAGAGCUUUAUUUGCCAGGUUCCUUUGUCAGGGCCGACUACCUGCUUGACAUACUUCGGUGCAAGGAGAACCCCGGGAUCGCAAGCCUCAUUGAGCAGCUCCCAACCCCUGUUCUCAACAUCACGGAAGAAGUCUUAAAGUCAGCCUCGUGCUCUACGCAAGACUACUGUGGCAGGGUCUUCUCUGACACAUAUCCGAAGUGGUGCUACACGGAGACUCGCUCCAUGCCCGAGGGAGAGCAGCAGCGCAUGUGCUCGAAUAAUCGUUGGCUGUGGUGUGAUGCUGGUGUUCAAGACUAUGUCCCGGCAUCCUGGAGGUUUGUUCCUGGCGCAACCAUCAUUGGUAAUGAGAAGCGGUUCGAGACGAGAUACUACAUGGACCUGAUCAAUAUAAGAUUCCUGCGACAAUCAUUGACAGAAGACCUUUGGCUAACAGCAGGCAGCCCCUACGAGUAUGCAACGAACGUCCCCCGCCAGAGAAGCUCCCAGUUUUUCCUCGGCGGGACAGCAAUCCUCAAGGGGUUCGUGGACAUCGGGACUGGGCCAUGCAGUGACUAUUGUUGUGGCCUCCCAAUUAUUUCGCCGUUUGAUCGGAUCAAGAACAGGGUUGGCUACGUUUGCGGUUUCCUCAGUGCGAACAACAUCACCAUCCUUGAGUCCUACUUCCCGGAAUCAAACAAUACGGGUCCCGGUCUUGUGUCCGAGGUUCAGAUGCUCACGGUGUGGGAAGAGCUGGAGUCCCUGGUCUUCGAUGACAAGCUUGCGGGAAACGUGCAAUCAACACUCACACCUGCAGCAGCAAUCGAGUUCUGCAAGUCCCGCUGCGAGUAUGAUUCCACUUGUAGCGGCUUUAUGGUCAAAGGAGUGAAUGAUGACGAUCCUGAACUACUAAGUGAGGGCCAACCCUGCAUCUUCUUCAACCAGAACUAUCCUUUCUAUGUCUACAGCAUUGGCCGUUCGUCGUGGCCCUUCAACUCUAUUGGAGAAGUCAACAUGUCGGAACCGACAGAACGUGCGGAAGCCUUGAAUGCUUUUGUCGGGCCCGGGGUUCCUGCCUCACGAAUGCUUGGAGAUCCAAAUGGCACUUACGUGGCAUCCGAAAGCAGUCUUGUAGUUUCCAGGAAUAGCAUCGCAAAAGCCAAGCCAGAGAAAGCUCUCCUCCUCAUGGACUGUCAAGAGCUGUGCUUGCAGGACGUGACCUGUAAAGGCAUAGCAUUUCCCGGCUGUUACCUACUGAAGACGGAUAUUAAACUUCUCCAGGCCAGCAGCAUGACGAGUGUGUACAUCAAGGAAACGAUGCAACCAGAAGUUAAGCCGGUGGCUGGUUACAGCGAGGCCGAUGCUUAUACCACGGGGGCCCUGGCUUUUGAGACGUACUUGAACAAGCCUUUCAGUUGCGCAGUCGAUUCCAAGGGUGACCUCUUGGUAUCGGAUGGCUUGAACCAGCGGCUGCGCAAAAUUCAGGGAUACAACUCCCACUGCAGCACGAGCGGGCACUUCACGUCCCAGCAAGUGAAGGACUUUGAGAGGCUCGUUCGGGAUGCGGAUGCUGCGUGCAACAAUGAGUCGGCACCGCAGCUUGUAGAUAUUUAUGCCCGAGCUCAAGCUGAAGUCGUCGAGAAUGGCAGCGUGCAGCUUGUUCAGGAUGAGUUCUGCAAUUUUGGCUCGUCGCCCACGCCUGCAGCAAUGGCAAACUACACUUCCAACCUCUUUGUCCUCUGUCAAGUUUGUCAAGAGCUCCAACCCAGGCCGGCGGCAUGCCCAUGGCCAGAACUGUGCCUUUGCCGCGAUGCAAUGAUGCAGGUGGCAUUGAGCGCUGUCUACAUUCAUUGUCCGCAGCGCAAUGCUUUUGUUGACCCAUGGCACCGCUGGGUAACCGCCAUCACGAGCUGUUUGUUGGAAGAUCCACAAGCGGCGCAGUGGUACAACAGCAGUCAACUGGUGGAGGACACGGCAGCAGCCGGAAGCUUCGAGAAUUUCGGCCUCAACUUCGACGUCGCGGACCUGUUUGGCUUCAUGCAGGACUCCAAGGAGGAGGGUAGCAGUGAAGAGUACAACAUCUAUGGCGACAGCGACACUGAGGAGAAAUUGGCACAGCGCCAGCAGGAAGCACAGGACAUCAUCGCAAAGGAGAAAGAGCGCAUGGAUGGAGGAGCUUUUCUGCGGAUGCGUCGAGGAGCCACGCCAGGUGGAGGUGCACGAGAAAGGGCAGCUCGCAAGCGUGGCAAGAAGGACGCCGCCAAAGGCAAGGAGGCGCUCAUGGUCCAGGAUGUCCAGGAUGUCCAGGGCUCCAAGGAGCCAGAGCCGCAAAGGCAAGAGCCCGAGCCUGCCGCCUUCAACUUUGGCUUCAACUUCGAGAUGCCGGAGAUGCUCAACUUCGGUGGCCAGGAAGCCAACGAGGAGAUCAGCGAGGAGCACUACAUUUACGACGACAGUGACACGGAAGCGCAGCUAGAAAAUCGACGCGAGGAAGCUCGCGACAUUUUAGCUCUGGAGAAAGAGCGAACCGCCGACGCGGUGGGUCGGAUGCGCCGAGGUGUAGCCGCUGCCGGAGGCGCACGCGAACGUGCCGCAAAGAAGAAAGUCAAGAAGUUGGCCGGUGCCAUGAUCGCAAAGCCGGCCGUGGACGAAGCAUGA